AUGAGUGACAUUGAAAGUCUACGUCAAGAAGCCGAGUCGCUCAAAAAUCAAAUUCGUGAUGCUCGAAAGGCAGCUUGUGAUGCUACACUGUUACAAGUAGCACAAAAUGUCGAUCAGAUCGGUCGCAUUCAAAUGCGCACAAGACGAACUCUUCGCGGCCAUCUGGCGAAGAUCUACGCCAUGCAUUGGGGUUCCGAUUCAAGUUCAUCCUCUAGAAAUUUAGUAUCAGCUUCUCAAGAUGGAAAACUCAUUGUAUGGGAUUCAUACACUACGAACAAGGUUCACGCUAUCCCACUUCGUUCAUCUUGGGUAAUGACAUGCGCUUACGCACCAUCUGGAAAUUUUGUUGCCUGUGGUGGUCUUGACAAUAUUUGUUCAAUUUAUUCAUUAAAAACACGUGAAGGCAAUGUACGUGUCAGUCGAGAAUUACCUGGCCAUACCGGAUAUUUAUCCUGUUGUCGUUUUCUUGAUGAUUCUCAAAUCGUGACAAGUUCAGGAGACAUGACCUGUGCUUUGUGGGAUAUCGAAACCGGACAACAAACAACCAGUUUUCAAGGACAUACUGGUGAUGUAAUGUCACUUUCAUUAUCACCCGAUAUGAAAACAUUUGUUUCGGGUGCAUGCGAUGCCUCGGCCAAGCUUUGGGAUAUACGAGAAGGCAUGUGUAAACAAACAUUUCCCGGCCAUGAGUCGGAUAUCAAUGCUGUUACCUUCUUUCCAAAUGGAUCAGCAUUCGCUACAGGAUCUGAUGAUGCAACUUGUCGUUUAUUUGAUAUUCGUGCUGAUCAAGAAGUGGGAAUGUAUUCACAUGACAAUAUUAUUUGUGGUAUCACAUCGGUUGCCUUCUCCAAAUCGGGUCGUCUUCUCUUGGCGGGUUACGAUGAUUUCAAUUGCAAUGUUUGGGACACACUCCGUCUCGAACGUGCUGGUGUAUUAGCUGGGCACGAUAAUCGUGUCAGUUGUUUGGGUGUAACCGAAGAUGGAAUGGCCGUAGCGACUGGCUCGUGGGAUAGCUUCUUGAGGAUCUGGAAUUAG